AUGGCCACUGUCCGGCGCAUGACAUCCUCCGAUCUCUUUUCCCUCAACCUGACCAACCUCGACGCCCUAACGGAAAACUACGACCUCAAUUUUUAUCUCAAUUACCUCAUGAGGUGGCCUUCUCUCUUCAACGUAGUCGAAGAUCGAGAUGGCCAAAUAAUAGGCUAUAUAAUGGGCAAGCUUGAGGCCCAACACUCGUCAAUGAGACACUCAGAACACUACACGCCAUGGCAUGGUCACAUUACAGUAUUAACGAUUGCACCCGCCUGGCGCAGAUUGGGCUACGCGCGUCGGCUGACAGAGAGCCUGGAACGGGUCUCUGAUAUCAAUGAUGCAUGGUUUGUAGAUUUAUAUGUGCGAGCGGGCAACACGAUUGCUGUGGGAAUGUAUAAAGGGAUGGGGUACUCCGUGUUCAGACGUGUGGUCAAUUACUACAGUGACGACCCCACAGGUCUCUCAGAGGAAGGAGAAGAUGCGUUUGACAUGCGAAAACCCCUCAGUCGUGAUAAAGAUCUCAGACAUACCCGUGAGAACGGGGAAACCUUUUUGGUCAACCCGGAAGAUGUAUAUUAG